AAAAAAACAAGAGGCUUAAAAAAACAAUGGUGUCCGUCUCGUUAACCGCCGUGUUGGUUUCGCAUCGCUAAAUACCUCCUGCGAGCGCUACUCUGACACUUUCGACUUCACCACCAAGCUCAGGUCUUGUUUGUAAGCGAUGCUUGAUCUGCCCUGUUUCAGAGGAGCCUUCCCGUAACAUAGGGCUGUCAACAACGCAAAAAAAGAACCUCAAGCGUGGCAGCCAUUGGAAAUGGACGCAGGGAGCGGUGUUGAGUUGGCAAAUCUGAGCACCGGUGGAGUUUGGCCUCUGGGCUACGAUGUCUGGCCACCAAGCACGCUCCUGAUGGAGGAUGUGGACUCCACGCACGUUUACGAGUCUGGAGGGGUAGCCGACGGCCAGUUUGUCGUUCCUGCCGGAGUGGACGUCGACGAAGAAGGCAGUGGCGACGACCGAGGUGCUUUCUGCAGAAGCACCGACAGCUCUCACGACGUCUUGGGAGACAUGGAGGAAGAAGCGAGAUGUGGGGAAGGAGUGCACGAUGUUGACGGUGGAAGCGAAUUGCCGGAGAGUGAAAACAGUCGUGGAAGCGAUCCAGUAGAUGUUGAAGGAGGGAAGGACAUGGAACCUGAUGUGGCAAGGCGCGGAGGCUUGGAACCGAUGUCUCACAGUCCGAUUCCGGUCUCUCUUGGCGGUGAUCAAGCGAUUACAGCGUGUAUAAAAGAGGAACCUCUUGAGCAACCGUUGGAUACCGGCAAUCACGUGCAGCGGCUACGUUCUUGGGCAGUCGAUUUUUGGCAAUCGGAACGUUUCAACACCAUUUCGAAGCAAAUUAAAGAAGACUCGAAAGACGAGGAGCGACCGGUAGUCGACGUUGUAGGCAGACCAGCGGAAGUUCAAAAGAAUGGUGGAAGCCGUGCCGUGAAGGUUAAAGCUGAAGAACAAAAACAGGUUUUCGGAAGCGACCAACUUCUUAUGAUGCAGGCAAGUGAAGAACCUGCCCACAACCUAAGUGCCAGUAGCGACGACUCUUCUGAUCGGCUGGCUGGUGGAGUUCGGAGCCCCGCCACGUUGUCUUUGGUGUCCCGUUCACUGGACGCACAGCCGGGAUGUUCAAGCUUGGUCGUGCUCAGCUACAAGGAGCUGGACAAGGUCAUGACCGAGCAAGUGGACGAGUGCCUGGAGAAGGACGUGAGGGCACUGCUCCUGCCUCUAGAAGCGAAGUGCAGUAAGCUGCAGGCGGCGCUGAGGCAAAACCGCUGGCAAACGAUCCAGCUGAGCGAGCAGCUCAGUGAGCUUAUCCUCAAGGAGCAUUGGGAGGGCCAGGCACAGAAACUUUCCACUGACGUGACACACCCAUCGGAACGAGGUGCGCGCGUCUUGGCACCCGUCUCCAAGUUCCGGACGUCGCGCCAGAAGCGUUGCCGCUGGUACCCCGGCACUUCGUGGAGGAGACAGUUACGAAAGAGCAGGGCAAGGCGUCUGUGGGACAGUUUCUACGCGAAAUGUGCCAGCGUUGAAAUGACCGAACACGAGCACGGCGAGCCCGACACAGACGGAUCAGCGGAGGACAGCUACCAGCACGAUCACUCGGAAGUCCGUGGAGCGGAGGUCGCCGAGUUCCAGCAAACCUGCACGGGAGUGCGCAGACAGGCAGCUGCCAAGUGCCAGAGCAAACAGACUUUCGAAGUGUCGCGACAUCGUCAUGGACGGGACGCUCCGAAAGAACAGCUGCCGAACCAGACUCCUUGCGAGGUCGAGGUCCGUCCAGGAAUUCCCUACACUCCCGAGAGCUUCUGGGAUGCCCCUUACUCCAUCUGGAUGGAUUGAGCAUUCCGACAAAAGUUGGCAGCAUCGUGCCAAUCAAGCCGUCCCGGAUCAUGGUACCCAAAUAUGAGCCAAGGCAGUCAGAGCAAAGCUUGCAUCCAUCUUUCUCCUUCGGGACAACUGGACACAAGUAUUAGGCCUGCUGCGUGCAAUGCCCUUGACUGAGUCAACACGGGAAAGUGUUUUCUUGAACAGUUCAUCUUAUAUAUAAAAAAAAAAAAGAACGCCGGACGUUGGCGCAGUCGGGAACAUCGGACAGUGCCGUGUUUCCGAGACCUGGGAAAGAAAUGCUCUUCAGCAGCACAAAGCAGUGUUGCAAUAGUGAUGGUCAUGUAAGUUAAGGUUUUAAAGUUUGCCAUCAUUGUGUUCACUUUAGAGCGAAUGGACGUUGCUGUACCAUAUAUUCUCUCAUAUAACUCGCCCCUGCACAUAACCCACACUCCUACCUACUAGCAGAACAUUUUUAAAAGAGAAAAGCUUCCUUGUGUAUUGUUUCCGUGACACCAUCUCCCUUGCAUUGCUGGGAAGCAAUGCUACAAAGGUACCUCGCACACCAAACAUCUGCGUAUUACCCGUGGACUGACUUUAUUUUAUAUUUCUGUAUUUUUCGUGCGGGUUAUAUGUGAGAAUAUGCAGUACCUUUCAGCAAGUGUGCAAGAGCAACAGUCCGUCUUGUCCAAGAACACCUCCAACUACGCAGCUGUGGACAUCAAGCAUGAACGUGUGGACCCAGUGAAGCAAAAAUAAGCCGCGUCCAAGUGUUUGUGUGGAUGUGUAGAAGGCUGCGCCAAGAAGGAAUGUUCUUUUUAACACCUUCAAGACCACAGGACUGGUUCUGCUCAACCUCAGACUUUUCCACUGCAGCGUUCAGCGCUGCGCGUUAUCUCUGGACGUGACCAACACCAAAGAGACUGUGAUACCACGGGUGAACAUAUGCCCCCAACUAUGAUCUCAAAGGACAAGGCACAGAAUUGAGUGCGGUCGUUUAGAUUAUCCAACAAAUGUGAUAUCUCGUGCGUGUGAAGUUUUUCAGCUGUUGCUUAACUGUCGUAUUUGCCACGCCUGUCAAGUCCUGCUUUCUCCGUGUACUGCAUCGGCGCAGUGUCCUUGCAAUCCUGGCUGUUUGUUGUAGCAGACGCAUGCCCCAAGUGUGUACGGUACUCAUAAAGUGAACCGCAUCACUUAUACUCUGUUUCAGAAGUUCCGUGCAGCACUGUGGAAGGGUCGUGUAGCCUUGGCUCUGCUGCACGGAACUUCUGGAACAGAGUACUCUGCUCCAGAAGUUCCGUGCAGCACUGUGGAAGGGUCAUGUAGCCUUGGCUCUGCUACACGGAACUUCUGGAACAGAGUAUAAAGGGGUGGUGCCAUCAAAUUUCGAGGCUAUAACAAGCCUUUUGUGGGUUUCCUCUGUAUGCAAGGACACUCCACACGAAGGGUCGGACACCAGCAAACGUUUAGAAUAUAUUUUAAUUCACUUCCAAAGUGUACCUAAAUGCCCAUUCUCCCAAUCGAAACCCAUCGCCAGCGCGCCAACACUGACGUAGAUCAUAGGAGGGGCAAAGAAAAUUGUAGUGACGUCGCACCAGACCUGCUGUAGUGACCUGAGUGACCUCCGGACCUCCGCAAUGCAUGUACCGGCUGUAGUGAACUAGAAUAUAUUCUAGUUCACUAGAGUACUGGGAAAGCAUCGGUCGCUACAUCACUCGCCGAGUUUCGAUCGCUUUCUGGCUAAGUGCGUCACAGCCUUGUGUGGUCACGUGACCAAGCCCCCUACACUUCUAAGUCACUGCCCAACCUCGGCGCCCAAAAACCAAAACCGGAAAGUUGUUCUCAUCAAAAGGCGAUAUUAAAAUAUUUAGCGAGAAUACGUGAACCUUGGUGCGUGCAUCAUGCUUCCUGGAGCUAUAGGAAACGCUUACAGCAAAGAACGCGCAAGCCACAAAUUUGGUGGCACCACCCUUUAAGGCCUAAGUAAUGCACCUACUUUCGUUUCCACCAUGUUUAGUUCUUAUCAUAUCAGCUCAAAUCCUUACGUAGGAAUAUCGCCUUUUUGUUAGCCAGAUUUAUAGCAAUAUGACCUGGUUAUCUCCAGUAAUUGUUCAUUGAAGUUGUGAUAUCUAACAGUUUGUUGCUACAUUGCUGAUAAGUUUAUCCCACAAAAGAAAGACAGACUUUUCGCAUGGGGAUUGGUUAGCUAUUGCUGAAUAAGGUUUACCGAGUAAAUACAUCUGUGCAUUGUUGGGAGACUUUGAUAAGGCUAAGUGUACCUAUGUUUUACAAGUUUUUAACCACUUUGCAUGUGUGUUUGUGGCAGAUAUGUGAAUAGUAUUUGCCACAAGUCCUGCCAAUGAGGUUGUAUCGAGUACAUCCAUUUGUAGCCGACAAGUAUCGCGAUUUGAAAAACCACAUGGGUAAAAACACGACUUGUGCGAGUUCCAUUGCUUGCCUCUUGUUUGCAUGUCUUACCGAACUGUUCCAAGAGACUGCAAGGCACAGUCUGUGAAAACUAUACAUUGCCUCCAAUGUAUAAAGUUGUAUGUGUUGCUUGUGAGAAAAAUAAUGUUAUGUGGGACUUUGUGCAAUAGACAAACAUGUAUUGACCAAAGGUACCCUUUUCUGGUUGCAAUACAGGAUUCGAUGAGUAUGCGAUUUCAAGAGGGAACAUACCGAAUGUUUUAACUGAACCUUUUGCUGUUCAAGCUUUGAGACAGUUUUGCGUUUCGUUUUAAAUGAUUCAUAAGUUUUUCCCACUGUUCCAACAGUACUGAUUGGCAGUGCAUGUCGUGCAAGCAGCUGUUUGCAUGCAAUGUUGCGUUUUUUGUUGCACAAACAUUACCAGCAUGCACAAGUAAGGUGUUUUCUUAACAAUUUUUGUAUUAUUUAUUGCUCAAAUGUUUGUAUUAUUUUUUGUGCAAAUAUUGCCAGCAUGCAUGAAUAAAAAUGUUUGCUUUCCGAUUCUUGUUCUCAUUUGCGGAGGCAGUGACAGGGUUGAGCAGCAUCUUAGCUUGAAUAACAAGUUAGCACCAGCGUGGUCAGUGAACAAAAUUACGCUAAUCAAUUAUGCCUAUUGCAUGGUCCCAGGCCAACCCUUUGCGACAUGAUGCUUACAUUUGCAAUUUCUGUGCACUAAUGGCAAGGGAGAGACCACAGACACAGGGCUAAUGGUAAAUUAAGCAUUCUUGUUGCAUAAACUAUCAUUAUAGCACUUCUGGUUGAAAUAUUUUGGUACACACAAACCUUUUGGUGAAGGCAGACAGUGUUUAACGAGACGUACACGGGGCGUUUCAUCAGUUUGGGUUGUAGAGUUCAGUUGACUAUAGCACGAGCAAUUUAAGACAACCUUAAUGAGAACAGUCAAGUCGAGGAAAGCGU